UUUGGCGCUAAAGAUACAACAUCCUCUCCCGGUACAAGGAACGGGGCUGCCCUAACUUACGCUCUUAAUCCAACAAAGCUCUCUUUCGGUGAAUAAACUCGUGCAACAUUUUCAGCAAUAGUUAUUAUUGGUACUGGGCUGUUUUAUCCACCUUUGUCCGUCUCGUCCUCUCGAAUAUUUCCCUCUAUCUCAUUCUCAGAAAUAAGAAUGAUGAGAAAAGACCGCGACAGAGAUCGAGAUGAAAGGUCAAAGGACCGGGACCGGGACCGUGACAGAGAUCGGGACAGGGACAGAGAGCGUGACAGAGACCGGGAGCGAGACAGGGACAGCAAAGCUCCCAACUCUGCCCUGAACGUGAGCGCAGCAUCUGGGGGAGGGAUGCUUCCUCUGAAACAGACAGCCAUCCAUCAGCAGAUCAACCCCUUCACCAACCUACCCCACACGCCACGCUACUACGAGAUCCUCAAGAAGCGUCUGCAGCUUCCUGUCUGGGAGUAUAAAGAGCGCUUCCAUGAGAUCCUUACGCGCCAUCAAAGCUUUGUGCUGGUGGGAGAGACCGGCUCCGGAAAGACCACACAGAUCCCUCAGUGGUGUGUGGAUAUGGUGCGCUCCCUGCCGGGACCUAAACGUGGUGUAGCCUGUACCCAGCCCCGCAGAGUGGCAGCCAUGAGUGUGGCCCAACGAGUGGCAGAUGAGAUGGAUGUCAUGCUGGGACAGGAAGUUGGCUACUCUAUCAGAUUCGAGGACUGCAGCUCGGCAAAAACCAUUCUCAAGUACAUGACUGACGGUAUGUUACUCCGAGAGGCCAUGAACGACCCUCUGCUCGAGCGAUAUGGCGUAAUCAUACUGGACGAGGCUCAUGAGCGCACACUGGCCACAGAUAUUCUGAUGGGUGUUCUCAAAGAAGUUGUUCGCCAGAGAUCAGAUCUAAAGGUUAUUGUCAUGAGCGCCACCUUGGAUGCAGGAAAGUUCCAGGUUUACUUUGACAGCUGCCCCUUGCUCACCAUCCCCGGCAGAACGCAUCCCGUAGAGAUCUUCUACACUCCAGAGCCUGAGCGCGACUACCUGGAGGCGGCCAUCAGAACAGUCAUCCAGAUCCAUAUGUGUGAGGAAGAUGAGGGAGAUGUGCUACUCUUCCUCACAGGACAGGAGGAAAUCGAUGAAGCCUGCAAGCGGAUCAAACGGGAAAUCGACGACCUGGGCCCAGAAGUGGGCGACAUUAAAAUCAUCCCGCUCUACUCCACCCUACCACCACAGCAGCAGCAGAGGAUCUUCGAACCUCCACCACCUCGCAAGCCUAGUGGAGCCAUUGGCAGAAAGGUCGUGGUGUCGACAAACAUUGCCGAGACGUCGCUGACCAUCGAUGGUGUGGUGUUCGUAAUCGAUCCUGGCUUCGCCAAGCAAAAGGUGUAUAACCCACGCAUCAGGGUAGAGUCACUGCUAGUGACGGCGAUCAGUAAAGCAUCAGCUCAGCAGAGGGCAGGAAGAGCCGGGCGUACGCGACCGGGUAAAUGCUUCCGCCUCUACACUGAGAAGGCGUACAAGACUGAGAUGCAGGAUAACACGUACCCAGAGAUUCUCCGAUCCAACCUGGGCUCUGUAGUGUUACAGCUGAAGAAGCUUGGUAUUGACGACCUGGUGCAUUUUGACUUUAUGGAUCCACCAGCUCCUGAAACUCUGAUGCGUGCUCUGGAGCUGUUAAACUACCUGGCAGCGCUGAAUGACGAUGGAGACCUGACUGAGCUGGGCUCCAUGAUGGCAGAGUUCCCUCUGGACCCUCAGCUGGCUAAGAUGGUCAUCGCCAGCUGCGAAUACAAUUGCUCCAACGAAAUCCUUUCCAUCACCGCCAUGCUAUCAGUCCCACAGUGCUUUGUGCGCCCCACCGAGGCCAAGAAGGCGGCUGACGAGGCCAAGAUGAGGUUUGCCCACAUCGACGGAGACCAUCUCACCCUGCUCAACGUUUACCACGCUUUCAAACAGAACCACGAGUCAGUGCAAUGGUGCUAUGAUAACUUUGUGAACUACCGCUCGCUGAUGUCAGCAGAUAAUGUGCGGCAGCAGCUCUCGCGCAUCAUGGACCGUUUCAACCUGCCACGGCGUAGCACAGAGUUUACCAGCCGUGAUUACUACAUCAAUAUCCGCCGAGCGCUGGUCACCGGCUUCUUCAUGCAGGUGGCCCACCUGGAGCGUACAGGGCACUAUUUGACAGUGAAGGACAACCAGGUGGUCCAGCUGCAUCCGUCCACUGUGCUGGACCAUAAGCCUGAGUGGGUGCUGUACAACGAGUUUGUGCUGACCACCAAGAACUACAUCCGCACCUGUACAGACAUUAAACCUGAGUGGCUGGUCAAAAUCGCUCCACAGUACUACGAGAUGAGCAACUUCCCUCAGUGUGAAGCCAAACGGCAGUUGGAGCGCAUCAUCGCUAAACUCCAAACUAAGGAAUACACUCAAUACUAAAGGCCCUGGAUGGCAUAAAGGACAAUAUUAAAUUUAACCCGCAGCUAUUCAUGAGGUUUCUUCUCUCAACUCUGAAAGUUGUACAUCGUCAUCCUGUCAACAUUUAGAUCGUCAUUUACAUGUUUUCCCCCCCUUCCCUCCCCCUUUGUUUCAGUUUAUCGUUAAAAUUAUUUUUAUAAGGAUAUUUUCUUGCUUCCAUCUCUUUGGCCACUUGUGAUAUUACACAGUGUUCACUGUAGACACAGAUUAUCGGUUUGAUUGGGAGUGAAUGCUCAACAGAGAUACAGACAUCGACCAUUUUUAUGCAUGAUCAUUCAUGUGGAUGUUGACAUUCCUUAUAGACGUUGCAAACUUUUACUGAAAUGUAACUGAGUAGACAAGUACUUGUUUAUUCUGUUAAGGAAAACUUUGAAUUCAAUAAAAAUAUUGAUAUCAGCUGUUGAUCACCUAUCUGA